GCUUCGACACCCAGAAAUUAUAAGCUAUCUAAAACAUCACCCUGCUCCUCCCUGAGAGGAAUUUGAUCUCUCUGACGAAGAAAAUGAAGCAAAAGGUAGUGAUCCGGGUGAACUUAAAUAAUGGCAAAAAGAAUGCUCGGACCAAGGCCCUGCAGAUUGCAGUUGGCGUACAAGGUGUUGAAUCAGUAUCUUUACAAGGUGAGGAUAGCAGUCAAAUUGUUGUUGUUGGGAAUGACAUUGAUUCAGUCCACUUGACAUCCUUGCUGAGGAAGAAAGUUGGAUCUGCUGAGUUAAUGAGUCUCUCACCAAUCAGUUCUGAGGGGGAAAAACAACAAGAGCCCAAACACAAUGGAAUACAAUCAAUGGUUUGGCCAACUUAUCAAGCUAGUGUGCCAUAUUAUUAUACGUAUGACGUCCCAAAUAACAACCAAGACUCUUGUACUAUUAUGUGACCACAUGUAUGAAUUUUGUUACUAGCUAAAACUUAGGUAGAGUUUUUUAGAUGUAGUAACUUAAAUUCUACAUAUGGUUCAUGCCAUUGAAUUUAAUUCAAGAAUCUCAAGUAGAGCACUAUGUGUUAGAAGUGUGGAAUGACUUUCUAUGGUCUAUCUCUUUAAUAGAAAGAAAAAAUUUGUAAAAGAAAGAGUAAUUGACUAAGAAAUAUAUUCAUGUGAUCUAAUAAGAAAUAAGGAUCUAGUUCAAGGCA